UGCAUCGAUGAAACAAUUCGCCAUCGGUGUAUCGAUGCUUCUCCACUCUAGUAAAGUAUACGGUCGUGCGUCAAAAAGCGAAAAAUGCAAAAUUAAAUAUGUUGUGAGUAGCGAGAAAUGCAAAAUCGAAUAUGUUUUCCACUGCAUACAGAAAAAUAAACAAAUACAAGAAGCAUAAAGUAUGCAGAAAAUUAAAUACAAAAGGAGCCACUAAGUGUUUCGUGUGAAAUCAAUUUAAAGUUAAACGUUCGUCGUUGUCGCCCGUCUCGUACAUACUUUUUACGUUAUAUUCUUCAAUUUUCACACCAACAAUAUGAAUAAAUAAAUUUUUCAUACAAAAAAUAAAUAAAAUAAAGCAUACAAAAGCACCAGUAAACCAGUAAUUUAAUAAAACAACAACAAACACGUUCCUUAAAAAAAUAAAAACAAAAAACAAAACAAACAAAUGUUUUCCAAAACCACAAAAACCAACUAAAAUCGUAAUGCUUUUUGAAAAUUAGUAUAAGCCACUAAACAAAACGGCGCAACCGCGAAAACUUUGAUAAAAAAAAUAACUAAGAAACUGACAUUUUUUGAGAGAAAAACCGAGAUACUUUUUUGUAUAAAAAAUAGUGCUAGAAACUAAAAAAAAAAAAGGGGACUUUCUGGACAUCAUCUUGUUGGAGAACUUUAUGAAUAGUCUCUGGAUCGUCGUGGUCGUCGUGUUCGAUGUGGUCUUUGUUCAUUCGUAGUCAUCAUUCGCAGCCUCCGAGUCCGAAUCCGAGUCUGGGCUAGACUCUAGACCUCUCUCUAUAUCGUAAGCAAUAGCCAAAGAACGCCAGAAGGGAGCCAGGAGCCAGGAGCAAGGAGUAGCAGCCAAAGUACAAAUGCCUCACGGGUAUCUUCGAUCCGAGACAAGUCUUGAAUUCAUUCUUGAAUGAGCAGUUCCCAAACCCCCACCACCACCACCACCACCAGCAACGCAACCAAUUAGAUUAGGCUACUACGGGCGAGGUGACUGUCCAGAAUAGGAGGAACCAAAAGGAAGGAGGAACACCACCCACCCACUACAUACAUCCACAGACACACAUCUAUCUAUUCUAGACGGUACGGCGAGUCGAGUGGUAGUAGUGGCUGCAGUACGCGAAAGCGUCCACAAAUCUAGUUAGCAUGGAGUGCUGUUUAUCGGAGGAGGCCAAGGAACAAAAGCGCAUCAAUCAGGAAAUCGAGAAGCAGUUGCGCCGAGACAAGAGAGAUGCGCGUCGUGAGCUUAAACUGUUGUUGCUGGGCACUGGCGAGUCCGGGAAGUCAACGUUCAUCAAACAGAUGCGUAUUAUCCACGGCAGCGGUUACUCGGACGAGGACAAGCGUGGCUACAUCAAGCUGGUCUUUCAGAACAUAUUCAUGGCCAUGCAGUCCAUGAUCAAGGCAAUGGAUAUGCUAAAGAUAUCCUAUGGCGUGGGAGAGCAUAGCGAACUGGCCGAUCUGGUGAUGAGCAUUGAUUACGAAACAGUGACCACCUUUGAGGAUCCAUACUUGAAUGCCAUUAAAACGCUAUGGGACGAUGCUGGCAUCCAGGAGUGCUACGAUCGUCGUAGGGAAUAUCAGCUAACUGAUUCAGCCAAAUACUAUCUGAGCGACCUGGCUCGUAUUGAGCAGGCUGACUACUUGCCCACCGAGCAGGACAUUCUGCGUGCUCGAGUGCCGACCACCGGCAUUCUUGAGUAUCCAUUCGAUUUGGAUGGCAUUGUUUUUAGAAUGGUAGACGUCGGCGGUCAGAGAUCGGAGAGAAGAAAGUGGAUUCAUUGUUUUGAGAAUGUGACAUCAAUUAUCUUUUUGGUAGCGCUAUCGGAGUACGAUCAAAUCUUGUUUGAAUCUGAUAAUGAGAAUCGAAUGGAGGAGUCCAAAGCUUUAUUUAGAACUAUUAUUACGUACCCAUGGUUCCAAAAUUCGUCAGUUAUUCUCUUCUUGAACAAGAAGGACUUGUUGGAGGAGAAAAUUAUGUAUUCGCAUUUGGUAGACUAUUUCCCAGAAUAUGAUGGUCCGCAACGAGAUGCAAUAGCGGCCCGAGAAUUUAUACUGCGAAUGUUUGUAGAUUUAAAUCCAGAUUCCGAAAAAAUAAUCUAUUCUCAUUUCACCUGUGCUACAGAUACGGAAAAUAUUAGGUUUGUGUUUGCAGCUGUUAAGGACACGAUCCUGCAAUCGAACCUUAAGGAAUACAAUUUGGUCUAAACUGGAUUUGGAUCAGCAAACUAUUUUUGUGAUUUUUAUACAAACACACACAUACACAUUCAUAUAAUUCCUUUUUUCGCAUAUUUACUAAAUAUAAAAGAAGAAUUGAUAAGCGAGCGAAUGUGGCCGAAAACAAAAAAAAAAUUAGGCAUUAAUUAAUUAGACCCGAGAAAGUUUCUUUAGUUUGUAACAUCAGGAACCGAAACAAAACAAAACAAAACAAAAUAAAUUGUAGCAUAAAUAGAAUACUAAAAACCAGCAGAAUCAGAAUCAGAAUCAGCAUCAACAGAAUGAUAGUAAUAUAUAUACAUUUUAAUUUCGAGUGAAGGAAUAAUAAUAAAGCGAAAAUCUGAUAAAAGUACUAAAAACCAGGCUGACGACCAAUAAGCCGGCCAGACAGACGAACUUUAACCUUAGGUAACCGACUAUUAAGUGCAAUAGAUUCUUUUAUUAACUUUAGGACCUACUAUUUCGGGAUUUUGAUCAACUGGCCAUUAUUCUCAAUGGCCCAUAGUGUUAUUCUUUUUAACAAAUUUUUACAUAAUUGUAGUAGUUGUGAGUUGUGCGCGUUGAAUGAAAAUAUUUUAAUGGCCGAGUUAUUGGUCGUCGUCCUGCAUUAUUUAAAUAAAUUUAUUACUAUAGAAACUUUUGUAAUAAAAAAAAGAAAAGAAAGUAAAUUUAAUCAAAAGCUUAAUGAGGAACAACAAACUGAAACAACUUUGUCGUACUGAAGCAUAAUAGAGCAACAUUUUACUAAAAAUAAACUACAGAAACAAACAACAAAAUUUAUAAAUAAAACAACAACAAAAAAUAUAAAUAAAAAAUGAAACAAUUUUUGAAUAAAAAUCCCCCGGAAUAUAUAUAUUCAAAGAAUUAUAUAUGCUAGAAGAAGUUUCUCAUUAGAAUUUCGAGGCAUAUAAGGCGUGUAUAAAAUAAAUAAUAAUUACAAAAUGAAAGUCUAUAAACUGAUUAAGAGGAAAUGCAGAAUUCAAACGAAAUCACAGAGAAAAUACUGUAUUUUUUAUUAAGCUAAACCGUAAAUAUUGAAACUAUUGUUUACAGACAAAAAAAUAAUUAAAACUAUACCCAUGCAAACCGAUAAUAUAAAAAAUAAUUCAUAAACGCAUAUGUAACAAUUAAUAAAUUUAUUGAUUUGUAUUGCGGGAGCCCCAACCUCCCUCCCCCCUCCCAUUCAUUGUAAAUUACAAUUCGUAUUAAUACCACGACAAAAACGAUAUCUAAGGGAAAAAAUAUUAAAGAUGAAUCUGUAACCGAAACGCCAUUCUCAUGGAGCAUCCAUAUAAAUAAUAAUAUAACACCUUUCUUUGUAAAAAAAACAAAAAAAACAAUGUCGAUAACCAUAUAUGCAACAGCAACAACAAAAUCCAUGCAACUUAUUGAUAUUUAAUCAGAAAUCAGAAAUCAAAAAUCCGAAAUCAGAGAUCAGACAUCAGGAAAAAUAGCUAUGAAGAAGGGAAACGUACUUUAGUUGCCAUCUAAAUUUCAGUCGAAAAAAAGCACAAAUUGUUAUCAAAUAUUAUACGCGUAGAAACAGUUGAAGUAUGUAGCUUGAUUUUCGUAAAUUUUAAAUUAACUUUGUUAGUUGUUUGCUUAUUUUAUAGAUCUAAUGUAUAAUGCAACAGUGGAGGCACUUAGCGGAGGCCCGUCCUGGCCAGGUGUGUCCAAUGUUUUGUUUUUGUUUUUAUAAUUUUAGUUUAAUUUAAUAUAUAAAAAAAUUAUAACUAAAUGAGACGCACAUCAACAGAUAAACUAUAAAUCCAU